CGAGGGAAGCGGAGGCGCGCGCUCGCGAGCUGCGUGCUCGUGUACGUCGCCGGGGUUCGGCUGCGUCGGUCCCGCCGUCCGCCCGUUGCCGCCGCCGCCGCGCUCUUACUUCGCCGGCCGCCGCCUAAGGGGGGCUGGGGCUGGGGCCAGCCACUGCCGCCGUUGCCGAAAUGCCGCGGGUGUACAUCGGUCGCCUGAGCCACCAGGCCCGGGAGCGCGAUGUGGAGCGCUUCUUUAAGGGCUAUGGGAAGAUCUUGGAGGUGGAUCUGAAGAACGGAUAUGGUUUUGUGGAGUUUGAUGAUCUGCGUGAUGCAGAUGAUGCUGUUUAUGAACUGAAUGGCAAAGACCUUUGUGGUGAGCGAGUAAUUGUUGAGCAUGCCCGCGGCCCACGUCGAGACGGCAGUUACGGUUCUGGACGCAGUGGAUAUGGUUAUAGAAGAAGUGGCCGAGAUAAAUAUGGCCCUCCUACCCGCACUGAGUACAGACUUAUUGUGGAGAAUUUGUCAAGUCGGUGCAGCUGGCAAGACCUGAAGGAUUAUAUGCGUCAGGCAGGAGAAGUAACCUAUGCAGAUGCCCACAAGGGACGCAAAAAUGAAGGGGUGAUUGAAUUUGUAUCUUAUUCUGACAUGAAAAGAGCUUUGGAAAAAUUGGAUGGAACUGAAGUUAAUGGCAGAAAAAUCAGAUUGGUGGAAGACAAGCCAGGUUCUAGACGACGCCGGUCCUACUCCAGGAGCCGGAGUCAUUCAAGGUCUCGCUCUCGAAGCAGACAUUCCCGUAAGAGCAGAAGCCGAAGUGGUAGCAGCAAAAGCAGUCAUUCUAAGAGUAGAUCCCGAUCCAGGUCGGGCUCCCACUCUCGGAGCAAGAGCCGCAGCCGGAGCAAGAGCCGCAGCCGGAGCAAGAAGGAGAAAAGCAGGAGCCCCAGCAAGGAUGACAAGAGCCGCAGCCGCAGCCGCAGUGCUGACAAGCGCCGCAGCAAGAGUAAAGACCAAGCUGAGGAGAAGGUCCAGAACAAUGACAACACUGGGAAAUGCAAGAGCCAGAGUCCCAGUAGGCAUAAAAGUAAGAGUAAAAGUAGGAGCAGGAGUCAGGAGAGGAAGGUGGAGGAGCAAAAGCGAGGGAGUGUGAGCAGAAGUAGAAGCAAGGAGAAAAGCAGGAGUCAGGAGAAGAGCCUGCUCAAGAGUCGGAGCAGGAGCAGGAGCAAAGGGGGCAGCAGGAGCCGGAGCAGGAGUCGCAGCAAAAGCAAAGACAAGAGGAAGGGAAGGAAGAGAAGCAGGGAGGAGAGCCGCAGCCGCAGCCGCAGCCGCAGCCGCAGCAAAAGUGAGAGGAGUAGAAAGCGAAGUGGCAAGCGAGACAGCAAGGCAGGUAGCAGCAAGAAGAAGAAGAAGGAAGACACCGACCACUCCCAGUCCAGGUCAGCAUCCCGCUCAGUGUCAAAGGAGCGGGAACAUGCCAAGUCUGAGUCUGGCCAAAAGGAAAGCCGAGGGGAGAGUGAGGAUACUGGCACCAAUCAGGAGACCCGGUCCAGAUCAAGAUCCAAUUCCAAAUCGAAAUCAAACCUUCUAUCAGAAUCACGCUCCAGAUCAAAAUCAGCUUCAAAAACCCAAUCUCGGUCCAAGUCUAGAUCCAGGUCUGCCUCCAGAUCACCCUCCCGGUCUAGAUCUAGGUCCCACUCAAGGUCCUAACUGGCUACGAGCACAGCUGGAACUACCCAAGAAGUCUUUUGUACAUGUUUGGUAGCCGUAGCACAAGUGAUUGAAGUAGAACAUAUGUCACUGCUGUACAUUUUUAAUUCCCCUAAUGGUGUGUCUAUAAUUGUUAAAUCUAAGUGCUUCCUCUCAGUAAAGCCUCCUGGCACCAGGCCUUCCUGCUCGACUGAAAAAAAAUCUUCUCUUUGAAAACCCCUUUACUCAUGGCCCACAGUAGAAUAUCAAAAAUGCCUUGGCUUUUCAGGCCUGGCCUUUCCUACAGGGAGCUCAGUUACCUGGAUGGCUUUAAGGCUGGAAUGAUGACAUAGGUAGGUAUGGUGAGUUCAACCAUUUAUAUGCCCUUGAAUUGAUGCCCUUUGAUGUAUGCCAUUUAGUGAAAGUGCUAAGUCUUAAGUUUCCUACCACUUUGGUUUCUUAUUUUUGGACUUAACAAAGUUGUGAAUAGCACAGUCGAGGAAAAUUGAUACCUGCAGUAACCCAUAGGAAACAAACUGUAGAGUUCCAUAUUCUGGUAUUGUGAUUAUAUUGUUUUAUAUUAAAAAAGAAAAGAAAAGAAUUUUUUUUAAUUUUAUUUUUCCCCGUCUUGCAAAGUAUAGUGACCCCUGUUUCCAUUAAAUUUGAAUAAAGACUAUUUUUGCUUGAGAAAA